AUGGUGGAGAUGUUGGAAGUGAUCAAGCAAGAGCAAGAAUACGGUACGAAUCAGAGCCAGAGCGUGGAAGAGGGGAGCUGCAAGAAGGUCGUCGGCGGCGGCCACGAGAAGGAGCCGCGCCCGUCCGCGUCCGUCAAGAUGGUGAAGAAGACGACGAGAAAGCAGGGCGUCUCCGACCCACAACGGAAGCGCGCUUGCGUGGACUGCACGAAGCGAUGCGCCCGAGUUCACGGCCGCGCCACCGCUUCCUCCUCCGCCAAGGCUCCCCCGGCCGCCACCCUGCCGUCCUUCUUCAAGGUCAUGACGGGCUCCUUCUCCGAAAAAAUUGUUCGUACACUGCAAUGGUGCAGGGAUUCCUCACCGGAGAUGCACCGGUGCAUGCAGGACGUACCGCCCAUGUUUGCCAAGAACAUUUCGGACCUGGCGGACACCAACGUGUACCUCAAAGACGCCUUCGGGCUCCGCUGGCGGGUGUACCUGUGCGCGCGCGACGGCCGCCUGUCCUUCGGGCACGGAUGGAGGAACUUCGUGCUGGACCACGCCGUCGCCGUCGGCGAGUUCCUUGUGUUCCGGCACGUCACCAGGUCAGUCUUCGCCGUCCAGAUCUUCGCUAAAUCCGCAUGUGAAAGGCUGCAUCUGUGCGAGAUGAGCAAGAGGCAGAGCAGGAAGAGGAAGAAGAACCAUGAGAACGGGAGCUCCGUCAGCGAUCGCACGGUGAAAGCAAGUAAGAAGAACAGCGAGGAUAAAGAUAAACUCACUAAAAAGAAGCAGCGUGCUUGUGAUCUGUUGGAUGGUGAUCAAUGUAAAGCCCUGGAGUAUCAAGGUCAUAUGGUGGAUGCAAAUACUGAAGUUGAUAGCUGCGGGGGCUGUGAUUUUGGGCCGAAUGCAGCACAACUGACAACACCUUUGGCCAUGAUGGAUCUCGACGAUGAGAUAACCGAUGACAUAUUUUUGACAGCUGAUGCGUACGAGUUCGAAACAGAUCUUUAUAGUAUUCCAGAAGUAGUGGAAGAAUUUCCUGUGGACAAUGGCAUUGAAGCGCCCGUUACACACGGCGAAACUCCCGGUUUCAGUCGUCCCGAGAUGAUCGGUUCACGGAACUGUGACUCUUCCCUGGUACUUGGCCUCUGUCAAGGAGAGAAAUCAGCAGGCCUGAAAAAUGAACAGAUGGCUGAUGCAAGGGUAACAGGUGCAUAUAGUAAUGCUGCAGUGCUUGGCAUGGACAUGACCGCCUUGCCCAGCAACGUGUUGUCAGAAAUUCGAGAAGAGAAGUCCUCUCCUCGUAUUGAUGCGGCAGCGCCUUCCAGUGAACGUGCAACGGGCAAUUGCAAGAAGGAUACAGAUUAUUAUAAGUUAAUAGAGUUUCCUUCCGAGGGUAACCAAAGAUUGUCUCUGCUAGCCCAAAGCCUGUUGAACGUGGUGAGCGCAGGCAGAAACGUCGUAUGCAACCUGCAGGAGCUCCCUUGCCGGCUGCCGGUGCUGCCGGGGAGGAAGAAGCAGGGGAGGAAGGUGGUGGUGCUGGAGGACCCGGUCGGGAGGCGAUGGCCGGUGCUCUACCUGUGCACCCCGACCUUCAGCGGCUUCGUGGCCGGGUGGGCCGACUGCCGCGCGGAGAACUGCCUGCGGGAGGGCGAGGCCUGCGAACUCCAGCUCCGCCGCGGUAGUUACUCCGAGCUGGCGCUCCGGGUGCUGCGCGUGCCCGGAACUACUACUUCUCAGUAGCCAGCCAGCCACCGUUGUCCCUUCUCCGUUGGCCUUGCAAAGCAAGUGCGUAGCCGUAGGUGACAGAUGACGGUGGUGACAA